AUGUCGUUUUUGGCAUUGGAAGUUGGAACCUUAGCUCCCUCCGGACAACCAGCAGCCCAGACUCUCAUCUUUAUCAUUUCUCUCCGAGAAGCUCCAGCCGGCGAUGAGAAGAAGCAGCAGCAACAACGAAUUGUUCCCUCGUCCAGCCUCUCUCCCACCUCCAAUCGGAGAACAUCAAGCAACCGUCCUUUCCCCAGCUGCUACAGCAGGCUCCUCUCCGGCGUGAAGCUCCCUCGAAACAACCGAACUUCCCUCUCCCCAGCAGCCUCCUCUCCCGCGUGA